CAGCAACUGGCCGAAAGCAAGUUGAGCCACCGUUCCACCCUGCGGUGUCCCAGGCGCCGCCCCGCCUAGGCGUCAGCUAGGCAGGGGUCGGCGGAUAUAUCGUUGACAGGUUGAAAUCAGUGUCAAGGUUCCACCAAACUCCUUGCUCUAGCAGUCUUUCAUGUUAUACGUGUAGAAUUAGCUGUUUUCACUCCAAACAUGUCGAGGCUUCAGUGAACUUGUUGCACGGCUUGCAGCCAGCUGUCCAUGAAAAAGUUUCCAGGCGACCUGGGCUAACGCCUGGAAGCUGUUUGUUGCUUUGCCAGUAUGUACGUCGCCCUUGAGUAUUCCCCCUUGCUUUGCUUUCCCCUCCACCUUUGCUCUAUGUCCUCCUCUACAUUUUUCUUUCGCCUCCUCUCCCUUCCUUUUUGCCCUCCCUUCUUCACCUGACCAUGCUAACUUUACCCCUGACCUCAAAUUACUCAACACCGCAGCAGAGCGGCUCAGAUCUUGUAGGUGAUUUCUCACACCCUUGCCCUACAGGGUUUGAGUGUGAACAAGUCACAACGUUCUGGUUCUGAGCAGCCUAGCUCGAGAACUAUGGAGCCAAAGGAAGCGAAGAGGCAUGUCUCGUUCAGCGAUGCCCAUGACAAGAAGGCAGAGGACAAGCCUUCGGGCCCAAGUAUCCCGAAGGGCCCUGGUGACAGAUGGAAGAUUCCGCCCAACUACGAGGUGAAGCAGCUCAUUGGAACGGGUUCCUAUGGCAGCGUUUGCGAGGCCUUUGACAAUGACAAAAAGCGACUCGUGGCGAUCAAGAGGAUUGCCCACAUGUUUGAGGAUUUGAUCGACUGCAAGCGCAUCCUGCGAGAGAUUGCCAUUCUGUCCAAGCUCGAGCAUGAAAACAUUGUCCAGGUUUAUGACAUUGUGGCGCCAAGCAACAUUCACAACUUCGACGAGCUCUACAUGGUCAUGGAGAUUUGUGAUUCAGAUCUGAAGAAGCUUUGCCGAACGGAUGUGACACUGACCCCACUUCACAUCAACACUCUUCUCUACAACUUGCUUGUGGGACUCAAGUACCUGCACUCAGCUGGGAUUUAUCACAGGGACUUGAAGCCAGCGAACUGCCUGGUGAACCAGGACUGCUCGGUGAAGAUCUGCGACUUCGGCCUUUCGCGAGCCAUCGAAGCGGCCGAACAGCCACAUCUUCAUGCGUUGCCGAACACGCCCAGAGGAGAUGGAGAGCCAGAGGCUGUGCCUGGUGUGCCUCACACACAACGGCUCAAGAGGAAUUUGACUGGGCAUGUGGUGACCAGGUGGUAUCGUGCACCGGAGCUCAUUCUCCUGCAGGAGAAUUACACAGAGGCGAUUGACAUUUGGUCCGUGGGGUGUAUCUACGCGGAGCUUCUUGGCAUGCUAGAGGGCACCCGCACGCAGGAUAGAGGCCCGCUGUUUCCUGGGUCUUCAUGUUUUCCCUUGUCACCGGACCACAAGCACAAGACUGACUACAAGUACCACACGCGUGGGAAACACGACCAGCUCAACAUGAUUUUCAAUCUCCUGGGAACACCAGGAGAACCUGACAUCGAACAGCUUGAACGAGAAGACGCAAAGAGGUACAUUCGCUGCUUUGCUGCGCGGUCAGGUGACGGCUUGGCUGUGAAGUUCCCUGGCGUGGAUGCUGACGCCAUUGACAUCCUCAAUCGGAUGCUGCGUUUCAACCCAAAGGAUCGCAUUGCCGUGACAGAGGCCUUAGAGCACAGGUUAUUCACAAGUGGCCCCAAUGUUAUCCGCGACCAAUCCCGGGAGACGUCUGCUCCCAAAUACGUCACACUGGAAUUCGAGAAGGAACCCGAUUUGGACGAGAAGCUCUUGCGGAAAUACUUCUGCAAGGAGAUCAAGAAGUAUCAUCCAGAAAUGCCAGAUAUGUAGCCUCCCAAGGCUGAAAUGCAAAGAUGGCCUGGGCUUUGGAGUCAAAGCGCGGCGAUUCAGGCCCAGCUGACAAGCCACAAGGGCUCACUGGCUGGGAAACAUUUCCUCCGCCGCGGCGUCGCGGCGCCCUUUAGGGGCUGCAGAGCUGGUUCUCCCAAGCUGCAAGCUGCACCGCGAAGUGAGCAAGUCAUGGGUGAUGUGGUGAAGUGAGA